UUUUUUUUGUUUGUUUGUUUGCUUGUUUGUUUUUUGGGUUUUUUUUGUGGUGGUGGUGGGGGGACGGGGACCGACCGUCACUCGGGCGCCCCCGCCUCGCAGGACUCCCCCUCGCCUAUGGCCAGCGGCAGCCCCGCCAGGAUGUCCAGCGCCGCCGGGCAGCCGCCCUUCCUGCAGCCGGCGUGCUUCUUCGCCGCGGCGGUGGCCGCCGCCGCCGCCCCUCCGGGGCCGCCCCCGGGAGCGCCACCGCCGCAGCUCAGCCCGGCGGGCGGACAGCCCUCCCCGGGCGGCAAGCCCUCGGCGCCGCGGGCGGCCAAGCGGCAGCGCUCGGCCUCGCCGGAGCUGAUGCGCUGCAAGAGGAGGCUCAACUUCAGCGGCUUCGGGUACAGCCUGCCGCAGCAGCAGCCGGCCGCCGUGGCGCGGCGCAACGAGCGGGAGCGCAACCGGGUGAAGCUGGUGAACCUGGGCUUCGCCACGCUGCGGGAGCACGUCCCCAACGGCGCUGCCAACAAGAAGAUGAGCAAGGUGGAGACGCUCCGCUCCGCCGUCGAGUACAUCCGCGCCCUGCAGCAGCUGCUCGACGAGCAUGACGCCGUCAGCGCCGCCUUCCAGGCAGGCGUCCUCUCGCCCACCAUCUCGCCCAGCUACUCCCACGACAUGAACUCCAUGGCGGGCUCCCCCGUCUCCUCCUACUCCUCCGACGAGGGCUCCUACGACCCGCUCAGCCCCGAGGAGCAGGAGCUUCUCGACUUCACAAGCUGGUUCUGAAGGCCGGCCGCCCUCCCGGCAGGACAGUUGCAAAAGGGAAAAGAAACAAACAAACAAAAACCAAAAAAAAAAAAACCACCCCCACAAAAACAGGUCACACACAGAGAGACAAAAAUCCACG